AUGCCCGACAACUUGGACCAAUCGCAAGCCCAUCUAUCCCAAUCCGAUUCCCAGACCAACUUGGGCAACAGCAGCAUGUCCACCACCACCGACAUCAAACAACACCGCCGCUACUCGCGUUGGUGCCGCGUGCUCCUUGUCACGCAAGUCGUGCUGCAGACUGUGUAUCUCGCUUCGAACUACUGGACAAACGGGCAUCUGACUGUUUUGCAAAUGACGACGGCAGGGUUGUAUGUGCUGGGGGCGGCGCUUAUGGAGGUUGAUUUGAGGAGGAAGGAGAGGGAGUUUUGGGAUAUGGUGGAGAAUGGGGGGAGGAAGGAUGUCGAGAAGGGGAGGCUGGCUUGGGAGGAGGAGGAGGGGGAGGGGGAGAAGGGUGGGAAGGGUGAGAAGGAGGAGGCGAGGGCUGAUGAGAAGACGGGGUUUUUGGGCGAGGGAGCGGAAGGGGGAGAGGAGAGAUACAAGGGUGAGGAUGGUGGUGAAGAGAAGGUGGAAGUAAGGGUUGAAGAGAUGAAGGAGGGCUCUGAGAUGUGA